CCGCUUUCCUUGGCAACAAAAAACGAAUUACGAAGUAGAAAGAGUAAAAUGGUUUGAUUCUAAAUGGAAUCAUUGAUGCUUCUAAUACGAUAGUGUUUGGAUCAUGAUUUAAGUUCUGUAACCAUGACUACUGUUGCAAGGAUGCAGGGUACAUCAGCCACAGAUUCUUCAAUCGUGAUGCAGACUUCAUCUCUGUCACAGCAGAAAAGAAGUAGUCUUCCGGAGCUGAAGUCCAGUGAUUCUGUCAUUGACAAGUCGAAGCCUUUACCAACGUCACUGCAGAGCGACUUUAUUCCCGAUGAGCUGUUGUUAGCUCUCACCCAGUCACCUGCUGUAAGAGACAAGUUCAAGCCACCAGGAGGACCAAGAGGUUUAAACACUUCUGUAGCACAUGGUAGACCUGCACCUGAUAACUUAUGGAAUUACAAACGAAAGGAGAAGUUUAAACAUCUGACUGAAAAUACACCAUGUAUUUGUGGAGCUGGAAGAGAUAUCUCAUUCUUGUAUGACGUCCCACAACCUGCCGGUGGAACGGAAAAGCCAGAGAAAAUUGACAAAAGUUUCAUCAGACGGGAUGCUGAACAGAAAACCAAACUGCCUCUUCAACUACCAGACACGCUCCUUCCUGAGGAAUAUCACAUUGUCAAGAACCGUGGUGUUAUGGGUAUUGAGUAUCAUGAAGAUAAAUACUCAACCCUGCCUGAAGAUCAUGAAAAACACUUGGUCCUAUUUCCCUCCAUGAAACCUGGAAGUCGUUAUGAAGUAGUACAGCUGAAAAAUGCUCUGGAGGAAAUGCUUGACAAAAUUGGUAUUAAUGACUUAGAAGUGGAGAACAUAGGACCUACUCAGAUGCACAACUUGCUGGAACUUAUUAAGAAAGAGCAAAAUAUCUACAAUGUUGUUUUCCAUGAACUCAUUAGACAGGUCAGUGUGGAAUGUGUUGAACGUGGGGAGUUGUUGUCCACACUGCGACAGAAAUACAGCGAACUGCUGAACAGGAUUCCUCGACAGAUCAAAAGUCUUCAAGAUGAGGUGAUGGCACAGAGAGCUCUGGACAGACGACUCACGGAGGAGUUGAUGAGAUUCAAAAAUACCAUCAGUCUGCUGACUACUGAAUUGUCUGAUGUGAAGGAACAUGACCAGAAAGUCACACACGAAGCACAGGAGGCACAGACAAAUUUGAAGAAUGCGUUGAAGGAAGCUCAGAAGAAUUCCAGUCUGCUGUCUGAGUACCACGACCUGUACGAGCUGCAGCGCCACAGACUCGAGAAGCAGGUGCUCAUGUUGUCCGAGGAGAAGGAGCUCUGGAGCACAGCGGCGUACAGUCUGGCUGUGAAGGUAACAGAAGAAUGUAAAUUAACCACUGCGAAGCGACUUUUCCUGUGUGAAAAAUCUUGGUCAAAAUUGGCAAAUCAUUUCACAGUACUGCUGAGUGACAAAGACAUGGAACUCCUAACUGCCAUACAGCUACACAUCAACCACUGGCGGGAGUCGCUUGAAGGCUUCAGCAACGCAGUGAACCGACGAGAAGAGGAAACCAAAAACAAACUGAAGUCGAUGAAAUCGGACAUAGAGCGCUGCAUUAAAGAGUUUCAGAACAGUUACUAUAACAAAAAUGGAAUGAUGAUACGGACUCCAGAUGCAGAAAGCAUGAAGAGAUUUCUGUCUGCUGUCAUAAGCUGGGAAGAAAGUCUUACGAAGGAGACGGAGGUGUUUGGUGGAGAUGUGGUUCUCUCAAACCAGGAGGAGCUGAUGGUAAUCAGGAAAGAAAUGGAGGCUUGGACCGACAAGGCUCUCAAGGUGUUUGGACGACACCGCGGCUUCGAGGGAAAAAUCCAUCCGGAACAGACAAACAUGCUGGAACUGAAUGAGGAAGUAGAAGAGUUGUUACAGCAGUUUCACAACAGAGUUACUGGGGAAAACGGAUUGGUGACCAGUCUUAUUUACCUGGGUAACGCCACUGAAUUCUGGCACGUGAAGAUCUCAUCCUGCGUGAACGGGGUCACGCCACUCACUGAGUCCGACUGGGACAGCUUCUUCGCUGUUCUGGAUGACUGGAACAACACACUUGACUUGACGAUGGAGUAUGUAGGGAGUACACAGAAGAUAGAUGAUCGGAAGGAAGAAAAACCACACACUAGAAUUGACAUUCACGACACAAUCCGAAAGACUCAGAUGUGGGCCACAAGAGCCAACAAUUCUAUAGACAGUGAAGAUGCCAAGCUCAUAGAGCAGAUUUCCACACUUCACUCAGAAAUGGUCAACUGGAUUGUUCAGAUGUUGCUGCAUCUGGCGCCAAACAAGGAAGGUAACUCUGUGGAGGCUGGGGAAAUGGCGUUGAUGGGCACCUCUCCCAUUUCAUCACUUAUUGAGACGGCAAAAUCACUUUUCGGACGUCUUGAUACAUUUUCAAAUUAUGUUACACUCUGCUGUAAUGGAAUUGUUGUGGACAACACGAGGAAGCGACAAACCAACAUGGAGGAUAACGCCGACCAUGAACUGAAGGACCUCAAGAGAUUGAGAAGUGAGUGUUCCGACUGGAUUAGCACAGCUCAGAUCCUCAUGAGUCAGCUCACAGGGAGAGACGGUGGUGGAACUAUUUCCAGUCCGCGUGCCUACAGGAACCAUGAGACCUUGAUAAUCCAGACAAGUGAACAGAAAAGAGUGGAGACACCAGCUGCCAGUGCUGAAGUGGACAAAAGCCUCCCCACAGAGGCAGACGUUAUUAAAGAAUCUCAAAAAACUGCAGAGCCUCCCAAAACGCCAGAGCCUCCCAAAACGCCAGAGCCUGAAGAACAAGUAGAACCACAAGAACCAGCAUCUGAGGCAGGUCCUGAAGAACCUGUAGAGAAGGAAGGGGAAGCAGAAACAGAAGACAAAGUUGACACUGUUCAGGAAGGACGUGAGAUGGUGGAGCUGCUGGGACAAGAUGACAACACUCACCAGGCCGAGCUUCAGGCAGAGAAAUUCUCUGAGGUCGAUAUGAAGGCCAUUUCUUACACUGAACUAGUAAACACACCUACACCAGACACACAGCGAGCCUUUGAGGCAAUAGCAGCUGUUCAGACUCUCCAGAACCAACUCAUAAUGACAGAAGAACGAGCACAGCAUGCAGAAGAACAGGCAUCCAGCUUGGAUCUGGAACUGACAAAGACCCAGGAGAGAGUGAGGUACUUGGAACAAGAGAUGGAGAAGUCGGCACAGGGUGUUGAAAUGUCCCCACGACGUGGCUCAGCCUCGCGGCGACGCUCCUUAGGGAGGCAGGAAAGUCUCAAGGAUGAGAAGAAAUCUGGAAAACAGAAAUCACCGAAAAGCAGGAAGAAAUGAAAAACAAAUGUAUAGAUUUUGACAUUGAAAUCGGGUUCCGUGCCAGUACAACCUCAAAGACUACAUUGUAGGCUUCUACUAGAGUCUGGAGACUUCAACAUGUUGAGAGCAACACUAUACAAUGGUAAAAUGCAAACAGCAUUACUUUAUAAAAGUUUCGAUUUUAAAUGUUUUGUAUGCACAAGCUCUGUUGUGAUUACGGAACAAUGUUACAAUUGAAGGUUUGCCUUGAAGUAAUGGUUUAUUGAAGUCAUUGAUAGGAAGCUGAAACAGCAUAAUGAAAGUUAAUUAUACCUGUCCAUUGUUUUGUCAUACUGCAGUAGGAUGUCAGAGUUUGGUUUGUUUAUUGCAUUAGUUUGUAUUAAAUGAUUUAUUAUUAAAUUAAUUAAAUUAAUAAUUAAUAUGUGGUGUCAUACUGGUUAAAUGGUUUAUGAUAAAUAUAUGUGCAGGCUGUUGCACGUUUGUUGACACUACUGCUAUGGUUUUGCAUUGAUGUUAUGAUUUAUAGUAAAUACCUGUACAUACCAUAACUCAUCUGUUGUAGAACACUUAUGUGAUUGAUGUUGAGAUACACACAACAAAUCACCAUACGGCAAAUGGAGUGUCUUGCAUGUUACUGCUAAGAAUAUUUAUAAAUAUUUCAUUUAUUUAUUUAUUUUUGUCAGAAUAUUUAAUACCCAUUAGAAAUAAUAACAGUACAUGUACAUAUUAUAUACAAUAUAUUUAUUGGCAACCACAAAUGAAGACUGAGAGCAGGGCUGGAUUUAGACCAUGGGGGCCCAGGGUAGAGCUGGAUUUAGACCUUGGGGGACCAGGGCAGGGGCCUGGGGCACUUCAGGUUCGGGGGCCCCUCAACAUUAAAAUUAUAUUACAUGACAAAUAAAAAAAAAUGAACUAAUUUUAUAAUUAUUAAUUUUUUUUAUUAAGGAAGUCCUUAGCCUGGGGGUCCCCUCUGGCAGGGGGGCCUGGGGCAAUUGCCCCCUUUGCCCCCUUAUAAAUCCAGCACUGACUGAGUGAUGCUCACCAGUACUUUUUUGUAAUAAGCAACAGCAAUAUUGGUAUAAACCAUCUUCAGUGAUUGGAACUAAUCAUUACUAGAUUAUCUCUGCCCCGGGUUGGGUCCCCGGCCUUCCAGAGAUCAAACUCCAGGGCAGACAUGCUCGAAACCUCUGUGGUAUAUGGGCGCAUUAAAAACUUACUGAACGGAACUAGAUUAUGCUAACGUGUACAUGUUUUUCUGUACCAAUAUUAUGCAUGUAUUGUGGACUUCAUUUCUCAAAUUUUACCAAUACAUCCAGUAUAAAAGAUGCGUUCUUACUAAAACUUUUAAACGACAUUUUAUUCUAAACAUUUCUUAAGAAAAAUCUCAGUGAAGGACUAGAAUUGUUAAUAGAGGCAAUCCAGAAUGAGAAAUUUUUCAUAGAUCAUGUCACAUUAUCCUACAACAUUCCAGUGUCUAAUAGUUACUCUUAUUUAUAUAAUGCCACUUACAUUGUAAAUAUCUAAUAAUAUUUAUGUUUCUUAUAAACUAUGUUAUACCAUAUAUUUUAUUUCAUACUACAUGUCCAUCAAAGUGUCUUAAGGUGGAAUUUAGUUUUCUAAUGAAGAUAUAUUUUUAAUAAAAAGCAAGUGUAGGUUAUCCCGGAGUAAAGAUGUGUAACCGAAAAUAAAUAAAUAUUAUUUAGUUAACUACCGUAUAUAGUUUGUCCUUUGCUGUAUAUAUAUAAACACUAUUUUUUAAAUUAAUAUCCACUGCCAAAUUCAGUUGCCAAAGCAAGUUUUUAAAUAGAACCCACUUUUGGCAUACAAUGGAAAAUGUAACGAAUAAUCGCACACUCCAUUCUUGUUACAUGUUCGGCAAUUUUCAUCUCUGAACUCUUGUAAUUGAUAUUAGAAAAAACUGACUUUUCAUUGAUGUUUUUCAUUUUUGACUUUCUCUGUUAACGGACCAGGAAGUGUUUUUUCAUUUGUUGCUAAAUGUGACAUUACUGGUUCACGGAUGCUCGUGAGCAUUAGAAAAAAAUGUGACGUGCACGAUAAUUGAAUACUCCAUUAUAUUCAUAUUUUUGUCAACAAAUUUUAACAAAUACAUUAAUAGUAUAAAUGUCUUUUACAAGAUUACUUUUGGGAACACUUUCUUACUCAAGCAGCCUAAAUAUCAAAUUCAUUUGUAUGAGGUAAUUGUCAAGUGGGAUGCCUUUAUAGGAACAUAUUUAUAAUAGAUAAACUAAGUUACCAGGUCAUAGAUUUCAUGUUCAUGUUGCUUUGUCAGCACUGUAAAUUAUAUACAAUGUAUAUAGGGGUCGUAUAUAGGUACUCCCAUUUGUGAAAGUAAUCACUGUUACCUGUACUUUCUGUUUGCUGAAUUUGGUUAAUGAUUGAUUAAUUAUAUAAAAAUGCCUGUAUUACAAGAGGAUUUUAUUCCUGUCAUUUUUGUUUUUAUGGUUUAGGUUUUAUCACAUAUUCAUUAGAACAAUGAUUGCCGUGAGAAUCUUUUAUAUGUCCAAUAAAAAAGUGUCUAUUUUUAGAUUUAUUGUCUUAGAUAUAUGUGUAUGUGACUUCUGCUGUGAUUUGUGACUUAUUUUUAUGAUCAGUUGUGAUUUUUAAAUGGUUGUACAUGUACAAUAUGUUGCUUAUUACAAAACAAACUAGACAGACUUUAGACUGGUGGCUAGUCUCAAAACUGUUUAUUUUUAGAUGGUAAUAAACAUACCUAAACCAAAACAAGUUUAACCCAAGUAUUCACUGAUUGAAUUGUUGUUCUUCGUUAUUUUACUGAAAGUAUGAAACCUACUUGUAUUUUGUUUUUCCUAAGCUUUGUUUUUUCUAAAUGUUGGUAAAAACUGUUGAAUUGUGUGUAUUAGGGUUGUUUCAGAAUUGGUCACAGGGGGAGGGAAGUCGGUACUGUAAUUAUUACUUUAUGCCUAGUGGGUCUUCCGCAUUUCUAAAUUUAUAUUUUGUGGGUGGUGGGUAUAUUUAAAAAUGUGACCAUUUCUGGAACAACCUUUUCAUGUAUUUAAAAGAAUCCGUCCAUUUUAGUUUAUACAAAUCAAAUAAAUAUGGAUUAUUUACAACUGAAUGUGAUACAGUGAUUUUUAUGUGUGACUUUUACAGGGUCAUAUUUUAUAUAAUAUAAAAUAAAAUAUUAUAGAUUAAAAAUGGAUUUAA